AUGCCGGGCGACCACAUUGUGUAUUUGGCGGGCAGCGAGACUGCCGUCGUCUUGCGUCAAGUGGGUGGGCUGGUGCAGGAAGAAGUUGAGCGCGCUCUGUUGCGGGCACUGCGGCAGCCUGAACACGGGGUGAUCUCUGUAGCAGACCAGAACGGUGAAGAGUUUUGGAGGGUGCCUGAGCAAGGCGACGUAUUGAUCUCGCACUUUGAUGUCGUCGGGGAGGGCUACGUCGACGACUACACGGGCUGGCCUCUGAAAGAUCCGCCCAAGGUUUUGGACAUGCGAGUCUUUGCCUUGCACUGA